GUAAUUUGCAUGACGUGAGCGGCAGGGCUAAGAGGCCAAUGGGCAACCGGUGGGCGGAGUUUCUUCCCCACGAGGGCUAAGAUGGUCUGAGCUGGACGGAGCGGAGCAGCUGCCAGAAGGUAAAAAAGAAAACUGAGCUUGAAGACUGAGGCUGGCUCAAUGUAUCCAGAAUCUACCACUGACUCCCCUGCUCGACUCUCACUAAGACAGACUGGCUCUCCAGGGAUGAUUUACAGUGCUCGAUAUGGGAGUCCCAAACGACAGCUCCAGUUCUACAGAAAUCUUGGGAAAUCGGGGUUGCGAGUGUCCUGCCUUGGCUUAGGAACAUGGGUGACGUUUGGAGGGCAGAUUACAGAUGAGAUGGCAGAACAGCUGAUGACUUUAGCAUAUGACAAUGGCAUUAACCUGUUUGACACAGCAGAAGUCUAUGCUGCUGGGAAGGCUGAAGUUGUGUUGGGAAAUAUUAUUAAGAAGAAGGGUUGGAGGCGCUCUAGCCUGGUCAUAACAACCAAAAUCUUCUGGGGAGGAAAAGCAGAGACUGAGAGGGGACUCUCCAGAAAACACAUCAUAGAAGGUCUGAAGGCUUCCUUAGAACGGCUGCAGUUAGAGUACGUGGAUGUCGUGUUUGCUAACAGACCAGAUCCCAACACACCCAUGGAAGAGACGGUGAGAGCAAUGACCCAUGUUAUCAACCAAGGAAUGGCCAUGUACUGGGGAACGUCGCGCUGGAGCUCCAUGGAGAUCAUGGAAGCUUACUCAGUGGCACGGCAGUUUAACCUAAUCCCGCCGAUUUGUGAGCAAGCCGAGUACCACAUGUUCCAGAGGGAGAAGGUGGAGGUGCAACUCCCUGAGCUCUUUCACAAGAUCGGGGUUGGCGCCAUGACCUGGUCCCCACUGGCCUGUGGAAUUGUUUCUGGAAAAUAUGAUGGCGGAAUCCCCCCUUACUCUAGAGCAUCGCUGAAGGGAUACCAGUGGCUAAAAGACAAGAUCCUGAGCGAAGAGGGAAGGAGACAGCAAGCAAAGCUGAAGGAGCUGCAAGCCAUUGCAGAGCGCCUGGGAUGCACCCUGCCACAGCUCGCCAUCGCCUGGUGUCUGAGGAACGAAGGAGUCAGCUCCGUUUUGCUAGGCGCUUCCAAUGCAGACCAGUUAAUGGAGAAUAUCGGAGCAAUACAGGUUCUUCCAAAAUUGUCCUCUUCCAUUAUACACGAGAUUGAUAGUAUUUUGGGCAAUAAACCAUACAGCAAAAAGGACUACAGAUCCUAACUGUGCCUACUGGCCCCCUGGACUCACUCUCAACUCCUAGCCUUCUGUUUGCUUGCUUAAGCUUUACUGAAGCCAAGUGAAGAGUGUGAUUGGCAUCAAAAGAAUACAACAUGGCAAGAUGUGUUAGAGAAAUUGUUUAAAAUGUUGCUGCAAGAUGACAUAUGCUUAUUAUGUAACAUUUAUUUUGAAUGCAAGAAGAGUCACAGAUUGGGAUGGGUAUGUCAGAGCUGUGAUUUUACCCUCGAUGAUUGGCCUCUGUGCUUCCUUUUUUAAAAGAAGAAACUACUUUUUUCACAAACACACACAGAAUAUCACUGCUUUUUGUUAAUUCCAGCUCCUAUACAGUGCUUAACUGUUCAGAUCUGACACAAAAAACAUUUAACUGGAAGAAUUAUAGUCUCUGUUCCAAAAGCAAUGCUGGCUUUACAAGGAUCUGGCUAAUGUGAGUGUGGAUGACUGUUAUUUAGUUCGCUCUGUAUAUAUUUCUGUUGGAGAAGAUUGUAUUUUUUGAAGUAUUCAAAGUGAAUCAGCCAAGUUGUUGGAAAGCAGCUGUAAGAGUUCAUGCUCCACGAUUCGGUAGCCUCCCCAAGGCCUGCACUGGGGUUGGGGGUGUUUGUCACGAUGCUUUUUUUAUUUUUCUGGUGCCUCAUGUUGACCUUCCGAGGUGGCGUUGCUAAUCACACAAGGCCUGAGCCCACUCAGUUCCAGUCGGGGGCUUUCUCUCUCUAUGAACAGGCUAUGUCCUCAGCCCAAGCGCCUGUUGGCCUCAGUGGGCUUCCUGGCGAUUUGCUGAGGACAGAGUGCAGGAUGCAGUUUGUGGCUUUGAAGAGAAAUGGUGUGUUGGCGUUGAAGGCAUUCCAGUAAGAAUCCCUCACCGUGCUAGUGCUUUUCUCUCUAGCAGGCAGUGCUAUUUUAACAUGAACGUCUUGCAGGUUUCAUUAUUUCCUCUGUAAUUCACUCAGGUCUAGGUUCUCAUUGUAAACUUCAGAUUAGUUGUAAAUGUUUAGUAUAAACAUUGUACAUGUGAAACUGCUUAGUAUGAAAGAGAGCAGAGACCUUCAAUUAAUCUGUCCAGGAAACAUUCAACUUUAAUUUUAGAUGCUUGAUUUCCUUAACACCCAGAAUCUGAGAGGUUUCGUAAGCAACCUCUGGACCUGCCUGAGCCUGUCAUUGCUUUAAAAGGAGCAGGGCAGACAGGGAUUUAGUUUACAUGUGUUCCGAGGACAAUCAUGGAGAAUCGUUACCAGCUGCACACAAUAAAUGAUGGUAAUGAGCUAUUUAAUUCUAGUACCAAGAGGAUAUUGGACUAAGGAGUUCAAACCACCAGACUUGUGGCUGUGUCAGGUCUGUGGCCAGGUGCUGCUCAGUAAUGUGGAUACUGCACACUGGACUGAACAGCUGUAGUGCAUA